AUGACAGUAAUUAGAUUUCUCUCAUGUCUCCAAGGAGAGGAGAUUAACUUGAGCAUCGAUCCUCUUCCCAGAACUGGUGAUGAUGAGAGCUGGACGGGACUUCUAUCCGAUGGGAACAAGAAGCGAGGAAGAACACAAGUUGGGGUGGAGGAGUAG